AUUUGACAAGUGAAAGUCGGCACAAAUCGUGUUACUUCGGCUCCACGCAUUGUUGCUGGUCCCCCAUUCGGUUAGUUUCGCUCAUACGCGUCGGCUGUUAGUUGCUCAACGGUGCGAUUUCACGGCUGUCUUUAUUUUUUUUGUACACUCGAAACCCAUAAGUGAAAGACACAAAAUCCAAUCGAAAUGAAGAACCUUAUGUUCUUUCUGCUGCUGGUAUUACCCACCAUUAUUUGCACGUUCAGUGCGCCAAACAAAUUUGGUGCUUAUGCUGCCGAGGCUGUUGAAGAUGAUCUAGUUGAUGUGGAUAGCGAGGAGGGCGCUGUGACAGGCGAAGAUGCUGAAGCGGAUGAUGACUCGGACAGCGGCAGUAGCAGCACCUCUCCCAAUGCAGACACCUAUCUAUUGUUUACAAAGCCCCUGCAUACAGCUGGCCAGCAGCUGGAUCUGCCCGGUGGCAAGCCCGUUGAGUUUCUGAUUGGUUUCACCAACAAGGGCCAGGAGGAGUUUGUCAUUGAAUCGGUGGAGGCAUCCUUCCGCUAUCCCAUGGACUUCAACUACUUCAUCCAGAACUUCUCCGCGGUAGCGUACAACCGUGAGGUGAAGCCGGGCCUUGAAUCAACAGUCUCCUACACAUUCAUGCCAUCUGAUCAGUUUGCUGGUCGUCCCUUUGGUCUAAACAUUGCUUUGGCUUAUCGCGAUGCCAACGGUAUCCAGUACAACGAGGCUGUCUUCAAUGAGACGGUGCUAAUCUCGGAAGUCGAUGAGGGCUUGGAUGGCGAAACUUUCUUCCUGUAUGUGUUGCUUGCUGGCAUCGUUGUCCUGCUGCUGGUUAUCGGACAGCAGUACUUGUUGGGCAGCUCUGGCAAGCGCAAGCGUGCCGCUGCUAAGAAGGUCAUUGAGACCGGCACUGCCAACGACAGCAACAUCGAUUACGACUGGGUGCCGCAGGAAACACUCCGUGCGCUGCAGAAAUCGCCACCCAAGUCGAAAACGCCAAAGACAUCGCCCAAGCCAGGUAAACAGGCCAGUCCCAAGGCAAACCAACAGAGCCCCAAACAGCGCAAGGUGAAACGUUCAGCGGGCGACGACUAAAGACUGCACAGCCUGUUAAGCUGCAUCUACACACAAACACACACCCACACACCCACGCGCAUACAUUCAUAGAACAUCCAAAAUAUGCUCGCAGUCUAAUAUUACGGUUAAUACUUUUUUUGUCGGUCAAUUGCAAUUGACAAUGUAGAGAUUGUUAGUGUUUAGCUCACAAAGUACAUCGAAGUGACAGCUAGGGACCGUGCUGAUCAAAUUUCAAAUGAUGGUAAAAGUUAGCAAAUUGGUUUUUAUUUUAAUUCACUAAAUCUAUUAUUUUUCGAUUCGAACUGCCACUGCUCCACAACAUACUCUUAAAAAGAAGCUCCAACUUUGUGCCGCUCCGUAUAAUUGUCUUCGUUUGUUGAAGAUUCUCGGACGCGUGCGAAACCAUUCAAUUAUCAAUUAUACGAUAAAUUAAAUGGGCAUAUUAUUUUCUUCCGUUAAUAGAAAGAUCAAUGUUUAUUUCGUCUGUCUGCUUAUGGGCAGAGCACAACAAACUUAGAGUGGAGCUUUUCCCAAAAAUAAGUAAAAGAAAAAUGUGAGAAGUUAUAAAUAAAUUAAAUGUACUUUGAA